AUUUACUUAGAGCUUAUUACGGCACAAUAAAAUAUUAUUUGUUACCUUUUAACAGCCAUGUUAUCUUUGGAAGCGUUCUCCGUCGCUUUGGUUUGGCUUUUAUCACUGUUUCUUACGGGUGAGUAGUCUUUUAUGCAUAGUUGAGUGACGGAACUUUAUGGUGCAAUUACUAAGAGUAAGGGCCACGUUUCACUAAACAACGUAUUUAAACGGACGUGCGACCCGGCAGUUUCUGUCGUAUGACUCGUGACUUUUCACUAGAACACUUUUUGAAGUAAGCGUGCCGAAAUGUUUGUUGUCCUGGACAAGGAAAUGUUUUGCAAAUAUUAUAUUCCUGUCCAAUUUUUUAUUAAGCGUUCUGGUUGCCUUUGGGUCAAGGGAAGUUUAUUAUAGACGGUAGUUUAGUUUGCUGGAGGCCAGCUAUUCGCAUAUAUUAUGGACUGCAAAGAAUUUCUAGAUCAUGAUACGCAUCCCUUUUGUUCCAGAGGAACAAAACAGGUUCGAAUGGGUCAAAAUAAAGCUCUAAUAAUCACUUCAAGUCGUUGUUUUACAGGUGUCGCUUGCAACAUUACACAAGUUACGGUCCAUGUUAGUGAGGAUGCAGAGCUGCUUUUCUGUCGAUCACAGAAUGAUAGCAGUGAAAAUUUUCGUGGUUAUCGGGUAUGGAAAGAUGAAGAUAACAAUAUUUUCAUUACUUUGUCAAGUGCAAAUGCCAAUGGAAAUUGCACCGAAAACGUCAUGAUGAAGCCGUUUUGCACCGCGAGGACAGUGUUCUCGGCGUACAACCAAACGCAUUUAUUACUUAAAAUCAAGAAUACCAUUCAUAGCGAUGGAGGACUGUAUGGACUUGGCACUGUAUUCGAGAACCUAAGCGGCAAUCACUUGGAAAUGACGAAUUUGUCCGUUAUAGAACUUAAAUUAGAUGGUAAGUAAAACAUUUACUUAGAUGAGCUACUUAAAUUAGGUCGGUUUGUUCUAAAACAUGUAAACUAUAUUAUUAAAGUGCUAAUUAGUCCUCGACUUCUGCAUACAAAAAUAAAGUCAAUCUGAGAAUUUUUCCUUAGUUUGUUUUGGGAUCAUAUAAUUUGGCAACAAUUUAUUGCGAGAAAGAAUCACCACAUGCAAGGUAAUCCAGAUUCCGGAAUCAGGGAAAUUUUUGUUCGUGGAACCUGGAAUCCUGGACUUUGGAGUCCGGGAUUCAGUUUGAGGACUUCGGAAUCCGGCUAACGAUUGCAAUCUGGAAUCCAGGUUUCUGCUAGCAAGGAAUCCGGAAUUGAGUACUGAGAAUCCCAAAUCCACAGUGUGGAAUCCAGAAUCCAGGACUGCGUUAGAUACGGUACCUUACAUUGGGCAAUUAAAACAAAGAAAUAAGAAACAAAAACUGGUCUCGUCCAGAUACAAGAAUGCUGGUUAAGUUAAACUAACGUUAGUUUCCUGCUGAAAAUAUAAACAAACACUUAAAGCUAUAUCUUUAUUUUUUUUUUUCACUCUUUCCUCCUCAGGAAUGUCAACUGUUCGUACGUCUUUAAUGUCAACCAGAGAUUCAGAUCAAACAACCGGUAGGAACUUUUCCUCUUGCACGGUUUUAGUGGCGUCUCUAAUCAACUAGCUAUUCUCAUGCUGUAUACUGCAUUGAAACCGUCUUGUCCCAAUUUUUUGAUAACUUUUAUGUACGUCACUGUAACCAUUGUCAGAGAUGCUAGUAAUUGUUUUUUUUUGUUGGUGGCGUAGAGGUUCUACUUGUUAUCGUAGUUAGAGUAUGGUUAGUGUAUCGCCUAAGCAUACCUUUGAGUAGCUUUUACAUAGUAAAACUCAAGGGCUUUGGAUCUUGAGAAAACACUGGACAAGUGUAAACCCUUUUUUUGUUGGGGAAGGGGGAGAGAAGGGGAGCUAGGAUGCAUACUUCAUUGGAAAAUUAAAGAAAAUGAAACACCCGAACUGCAGUUCACAGCUUUUUGCACCUUUUUCGAGUUUUUGAAGGCGAAACUCUUCCUAAAAUGCUACUAACUGCUACAAAAGAACCGAACGUACAUUUCACGGAUCCAAAAGGCCGGAAGUUUUUUUUUUUUUUUAAAGGGGAUUUUCUUUUGGUCACAAAUUAAACCAAAAAGUAGCGCUAAACACAGAAACUUAACCAUACUCCUGACAGCAACCACUCCAACUAAAGCAACCAACUGCUGGAUUAUUGGAGAUAACCUAAUAUAGUAUUAAAUUAUCAUUUUAUUAAGUGGAUCAUUUUUGGCCUGAUUGAUUCAGUUAAUUCAGAACACGGUAGUUUUUCUCGUAGUCUAAGUCAGGAUUUUCAGAUUUAAUUUUUUCCUCCAGCCCGAAAAACGGACACCUAGAAUUGCUCCCUACCAAGCUUUACCGACCCUCUAUGAGGCGACGCCUAUUUAAGAUGGAAGUUAAGAGUCGGUUCCAAUGGUGUCUGUAGUGAUAUAGUUUUACUUAAUCUCUGGUUUCUUUUCAGGUUCAAACACAGUCACUUCUCCAGUACCUACCUCUGCGGGUGCCAUACGGGCCUUGCCAAUGGCAAUUAAUAUAAUUUUUGCAUAUUGUCUACUAUUUGACAUAGUGUAAGCAGUACUAGUAAUAUAGAAUAUUAAUAGUUUUAGUUCAAAGCAGAUUAAUUAAGUGGUUUUCAAACUGAUUUGUACAGAAAUAGAUGAAAAAGAAAUGGACUAGAAGAGUAUUCGAUAAGCUCUGGCUUGAUGUAGCCCUUCCCUAGAGUCUUUCUUUUGUUAAUCACGUCGUUCUGAUGACAACUAGUUGUUUUGUCUUUGUUUGGCAUUUAUUUCCAAAAACAACAAGGUUCGUAUCGGGACUAAGGCAGUGUAUAUUUUUAAGGUUUUAUUCCAUGUUUUGACCAGCGAUUUCCAAGUAUUGCAUGACCUAGGAUUCCUGUCUAACAAUUAAACUUUGCGUCUUGCUCAUACGUUGCUGCAUCCUCGGAGACCCAGGGGCAGAUAGUGGGGGCGAGGGAAAGUCUAAACGGGCGGAAAAAUAUGGCACGAAGAAAAGUAAAGAACGGCGAGAAGAGCCCCUGGGGACAAUGUCUUACCAGACCAGUUCCAAACAGUCGCCGCCGUUCUGACUUCUGAUUGGUGCCAGAAAACUUUUGUGUUUUUCUGCCCAAUCAGAAGACAGAAAGGCGGCUAGCGUUUAGAACUGGUCUGGUAAGACAUUGUCCCCAGGGGCUCUUCUGGCCGUUCUUUACUUUUCAUUGUACCACUGGUAUUUAAUAUACGUAUUUUUUCUCUUUUCAGGGAUAGUUUGAAGAACUUUUAAUCUGGUUCCCAUGUUUUCCAAACUGCGAUUGUGUGGAAGAGUACAAAUGGAGGUUCAUCGAAUAGUUUUUAGGUCUGGGAAAGUUUGAACAUAAAAAGAUAAUAUUAGACUGUUCACAGUCCCCUAUUUUUUCGUGAGAUCGUUUAGAUAUACCGCGUCUUACCGUCACGGCUAUCUUGAUUUUCAAAUCUACCGAGUGGGCGGGCGUCGGGGAAAAAUAGAGGGACUGUAAUAACAUCACUGCAGCUCGCGUUCAAGGAGCGCGUUGUACCAGCAAC